AUGUCUUUAAACGAGGGAGAGAUAGUGCUAAAGGAAAAAUAUGGAACAUCUGCUAAGGAGAGGUAUUAUGUUAAAGCCACAGAUCAAUUGGGAAUUGUAGUAGUAGUGGAUGAGAAGUUCCGCGACGUCGCUGGGUUAUUCACUAAAAUAUUUCUUCCACAAGGAUAUCCUGCCAGUGUCAGCAAAGAUUACAUUUUUUACCAAAUUUGGGACACUGCUCAAGCAUUUUGCAGUACUAUUACAGGUAUACUGGCCACUCAAGAAGUUUUCCGUGGGGUAGGAGUGGGAGAUACAAAUGCUUCACCAUUAGCAGCCACUGUUACUUGGGUGUUCAAAGAUGGCUGUGGGCAUAUUGGGAAAAUAUUAUUUGCUUAUACUCAUGGGACACAUUUAGAUGCCUAUAGCAAAAAAUGGCGAUUGUAUGCUGAUACAUUAAAUGAUGCUGCCAUGUGUAUUGAAAUAGCACUACCAUUGUUUAAGAAUUAUAUUACAUUUGCUCUCUGUGUCAGCACUUGUAUGAAGGCUAUUGUGGGAGUUGCGGGGGGUGCUACCAGAGUGGCAAUGACCCAACAUCAUGCUCUCCGUGGUAAUCUAGCUGAUGUAUCAGCUAAAGACUCAGCUCAAGAGACUGCUGUUAAUCUUAUAGCUUCUUUUGUUGCACUGUUUAUUAUAUCUAUGAUUGGAAACAAAAUUUUGUUGACAGAUUUAAAAAUAUGCGGUUUUCAUAUCAAGAUCGGCGACUCGAUAUCGAAGAUUUUGAAUCCAAGAACGAAUGCAGUGUACUUAAACAAGCUUAAGGAUAUUUAUAACGAUAAGAAAUACAUAAUUCAUACUGAUACCGGAAACAGAGUGAUGUACGUUUUUCCAAAGGAAGACGCGUCGGUAGACGACAUGCUAUGCGCUUACUUUCAAUCUGUUUUGCUUGCGAUUAUUACUUGUGCUAUUAACGACCAUCAAUUGGCUAUAUUCAGCUCCAAUAAUAAUACGAAGCCAUUCGCGCAAGUCUGUGUGACACUACAAUCAGCUGAGUGGAGUCGGGCCACCGGUUCAGGGGGAGACUUUCAAUAUGAACCGUCUUACGAGCUGCAUCGUUACGUUAUGAAUAUAGCUAGCGACGAAUGGGCAGCUAUUAGAGAAGGUCUAUUGCAGACAGGUUGGGAUCUAAGCAAGCAUUUAUUGAUAGUAGAUGAAUGGCGAUUGUGUAGUGAAGAUGUCAUUCCUCUAACUAUACUACCUGAAGAAGUGAAGUACAAUCGCCCUAUAGCUAUACCAGACACUCGCAAAGAAUCUUUCACAAUAGAACCGGACUCAUCGAAUAGUACACUUAGUAACAGACCCGAAGCAACAAAAUCGAAAACCGAUUUAAACUAUCGUCCAAAAAAAGACUGA